CCGUGGACGGAUGGUAGACUGCGAACGAAGGAAGCUCUGCACCGAUUUGCUCGUCGGCUCUUUUCCAUGGGCAGUUGGCUUCGCAGUCGGUCGCUCCUCCUCCUCUUUCUCCUCUUCCUCGGCCUGUGUGAUGAUGAUGAUAAUGAUGAUGCCCUGCCGUGUUCUAUUUCUGGCGCUUCGCAGCUUCUUGCCUGGAGCUCGUGGAGUCACAGGGACCUUGUUCGGUCGGGUUCGAUCGCUGGCUUCUUCUAGCAGCAGUCGUUGAUCCGGCCGAGUAGCAACUGGAUUGCGAUUCGGCGGUCGUCGUGGUUGCUGCCAUGGGGCGGAUGGCUUGUCUCUUUUUCGAGAAGUUACUGUGCGGUCGCAGAGAUUUCAGUGUUGUGAAGGUGGCCGUCGUAUUUUUGGAUGGGUCUCAGAGGUUCGUUGGCUGUGACCCGCAUCGUUCAGGUGAGCUCAAGUGUCAUCGAGUGCCGUCGUUCUCGCAAUCGGUGUUCGGAUUUGGGCAGCGGAUGACGGAACGGAGGUUCGGAAGGAACCGCUCACGCAGGCUUUCGUUUGUCCAAGGAGAGGGGCGAUGAGGAAUAUUCCUGAAAUGGAAGUAAUUCUCAUGGUAUGAGUGUGAGCUGAACAGCUGACAAUUGGUGAAGGUGACGGACAGAAGCUUCCCCGUCUCAUCAUGUGGGGUUUCUUCGUAUGACCCUCAUCUCCAGCUGCUAUCCCGUUAGUCCAUCCGAGACAUCCGAUCGUCAGAAGAUCAGCAGAUCUGACCAAUUUCUUUAUUGAUGGUAUCAUUUGAUUGUAACACUCUACAACAGCAGAAGCUCGCGUCCUGCAACUGACUUGUGAACUUCGUAGCGGGCAAUGUUGAUGUUACUAAUCGUAGAACUGGCGACGAGGGUAUAAAAGCUAUCCCGCAUCGAAAUAAAGCAGCCAACGAAGGUUUCGAUAAUUCUGAGCUUCCGAAAUACCUUUGUACACAGUGCUGCACAGUUACGAGAAAUCAGUCAAAUGAGUGGAGAUCGUGAAAUGCGAAGUAAGCAUUGGGAGUGAAGGAGUCGUAACAAGACUAAAGGAAUCUCUCGAGGUUCUCAGUUUCGAACGAAGUUGAUUUCUUUUUCUUAAGUAAUCACACAAACAAUGUUAACAUCGCAAAUUCUACAGCUGAUAGUCUGUGGUCUAAGAGUAGUAGAGUGUGGCAUCGGGGGACAUCUUAAUGGUCGCAACCAAUUUGAGUGGAGGCAGGUUCGGUAAACGAGUAAAAUCAUUGGCAGCAGAGAAUAAGGAAUGCGUAUGUUGAGGGCAGUAAAGACAAAACAACGUACAGCACGUCUUAAUAGCUCCGACAUCGGCAGAAAUCGGACGCUCUACUGCCCGCGAACACAUUUGCUUCUGGCUACCAACUUAUCAAGACCGUGGAACCCUAUUCUCAUGACACUGCGGUAAAACUUCUGGGUAGAUUUGGCGUGCAAUCUUUUGAUACGGUUCGCAGGCAGAUUAAGGCAUCAUAAGUGUGGUUACGUUGGGUGGAGUUCUGCAAGACUUGAAAGAAGUGCACCGAAAUGAUGGUGGGUGGUUGAAGUUGUGUCACCCGCUCUGGGUUGAACGAGCGCUUUGCAAACGCCAUGAAUGCUUGGUAGCUCGAUCGCAGCUUUAUCAUCGGUCACCCACUCAAGUCUGUGCAGUGCAGCACGUCUGGGUUCUGUACCGAAUGCAUCAUUGCCUGCGUCGGAAAAUCCGAAAAUCUUCACAGAGCGAUUUCUUUGUUUUCCUCUAAGAGCAGUUUAGGGAUCAUCAGAGUUUCUCCUCUUUAGACGGGUCAUGAAUUUGGACUUCAGGUGAACGCGCCAGAGCUAUGCUGUCAUACCAGGUGAAGGAUCUGUCUAAGCUGCCUUGGACUGUCGGUGCUCAAAUACCGGUCAGAAACAACACGAAGGCUCCUCUCGGUUGCCGUGACAGCUGUACGAGGCACACCGUUUCUCAAUUGGAGAGUAGUUGACUGGCUCGUCGUGCACAGGCCAUCUCUUACACAUAUUCACAUCGAGCAGGCAGGUUCGAAUCCGCAGGUGCAAAUGCCUCAUCCGGUAGUGGAUGCCAAUGUUGACAGCAUAUUUGGAAAGUAUUCUGCUGAAGAAUUCUAUGCCCGUCAUGGGGUUACACACUCCGAGGCCUUUAUAAGAAACUCGAGUGGGCUUUCCUUGUACACACAUUCCUGGAAACCUGCGGAGGGCAAGGUGAAGGGGCUUGUAUUAGUUUGCCACGGCUAUGGAUCCGACAGCGGGUGGCUUGUGCAACUCACGGCCAUUGGCUUUGCUGAGAGAGGAUAUUCGGUGCAUGCCAUAGACCACCAGGGACAUGGACAGUCAGGAGGGCUGAGAGGUUACAUCCCGUCAUUCGAUGCAGUCUUAGAUGACUGCAUACUCUUUUUCGAUUCUGUGAGGAAUUCUGAGCAGAAUAAAGGCCUUCCGUGCUUCCUCUAUGGUGAGUCCAUGGGAGGUGCAAUAGUUCUCCUGAUCACCUUGAGGCAGCCCAAUGUGUACAACGGAGCGAUGCUGAAUGGAGCGAUGAUGAUGAUAUCUGAAAAGUACAAGCCCCCAUGGAUUUUUGAGGAGGUCCUGAAGUUUGUUGCCCCUUUCAUGCAUCGGUUACCCAUAGUUCCUACCAAAAACAUACCCUCUAUCUCUUUCAAAGAAGAGUGGAAACGAACUCUCGCAUUAGCCAACCCCAGAAGGUACACUGGCCGACCACGCAUCGGAACCGCUUUCGAGCUCCUCCGAAUCGUCAGAGUCAUGGAGCAGCGCUUAGCAGAAGUGAAAAUUCCCUUCGUCGCCGUUCACGGAGAACUGGAUGUCGUCGUCGAUCCCGCAGGAAGCGAAGCAUUGUUUGAGAAAUCGAGCAGUGUGGAUAAAAGCCUCAAGGUGUAUAAAGGAAUGUGGCAUCAGCUGGUCGGAGAGCCCGCUGAGAACGUCGAGGAAGUGUUUGGAUUCAUCUUUUCCUGGUUGGAUGAACACGCCGCCAAGCAUAUUGUAUGAUCUUUUUUGCUUUCUGCUUUGUAAAAGCUCGACCCCUACUUAGUGAUCCGCUGCAGAUUAAAAAGCGCCGGAACCUCCACUCUCACUGACUAGUGAUUCUCAGUGUGGCAUGGCAUGUGCCCCAAAAUAAUCCUUAGCUCUGCGACUUAUAAAGUUAUCAUUCUUCGUUGAGUAAAUGUCAGGUAGGAGAAGUAAUUAGCUCCCACGUAAGAUUAUGAAACGCGAGGCUGAGACAUACCGGUGAAAAAGCAGUUGGCUGCAUCGUAACUUUUGACGAAGGGAGCCUCGGGACCGAGAUCGGCCACCUUAUAGAUCUUCAUCACAUAACCAUGGAGUAGCGCAAGUCGGUCAUUUCGUUCUGGCCCGUCGAGCUAAUCAAUGUUUAUAGCCUUAAGCAUACGUAUGCUAACUCCACUAUACAUCGGCAUUAUAUGUUGCAGUAAUUGUUGCAGCGACCUGCUUGGAGGAAAGUUUUGGAGUCCUUUGUUCUAAUUGUGCUGCUUCUGGAGCUGUUCUCGGUCCAUCAAACGCUCCGGUUCUGAAUACUGAUGUACAGUACAGUAGUCUAUUUGUCCAUCAAAUGCUGAGGAAUGCAAGCCUUUGGGAGGUUUUCAUCUCUCUCGUCGGUACGGAAGUAGGGCAUUCUCCAGUUGUGUGUCGAGGUUCUGUUCCCUCUGCCCCCCAUAGUUGAUACCUUUUCGCAUUUUUACUUCAUACAUUUAGCAAAUUCAGAAUAAAGCUCAAUAGAUCAUAAGAAU